AUGUACCCUGAUUGGAACCAUCCCAUGCCCGUUCCGCGGCGGGAUGUUGGACCCAUGAAAGCCAUUGAGAGCCCAGAGUAUGUCAUGGAAAGGAACAGCCGCCGUGCUGCCGAGAAGCCCCGCGGAGGCUCCCACUAUAAUUCCCAGAGACGGAGUUCCAACCGGGAUGAAUUUGAUGGGCCGCAUCAAUUUCUGGAACCACCUUCCCCACGGACACGCGCAGCCCAGGAGAAAGAGCUGCCCCAGCUCCCUACUAAUCUCGACGCCGCAGAGCAAGACAGCAUCCUGCACCGGGUCAACGACCGCCUGUCACGAUGUGCAUAUGACUUUGUGGCCAAGUACCAGUUCCGCGUGCCCCUUGAGCAGGACAAGCGGCCCAUCAAGGUGCCCUCAGACCGCGAGUGGACCGAAUGGGUGUAUCUGCUGAAGCGACUGGCGACAACGCGCCGUAUCCCCGCCCGCUUCUUGUAUAAUGGCCAGAUCAAGCAGCUCAUUACCGUGCUGGAGAAUUCCCUGGAGAUGCGCCAUGCCGCCAAGCACCAGUCCCGCCCCGUCAAGGAUGACCGCAACGUGCUCCAGCUCAUCUCUGCGGGGACGCAAGUUGCCAAGAUUCUUAAGGAUGCCAGCGCUAUGCUUUUCCUUGACAACCUUUAUAUCCACACGGAGAAAACCAUCCACGAGAGGCAGACUCGCCGAAUCCGCGUCCGAUUUGCUGAUGCCUAA